CCGCCCGCGGUCACCCUCGCGCUCUCCCGUCACGCCGGAUCGGACGGACCCCGGCCCCCUCCUUCCCAACUCCAACGUUGGCAAGAGAGGAGGGCGUUCCUAACCACCAUAACCUGCAGCAUGGCCCGCCUGCCCACCAGCAGCGGCAUGGCAGCACUGCUCCUCCUCGUCGCCUUCGUCGUCCUCCCCUCCGCCGCCCUGUCCUCCUCGUCCUCGCUUCUGCACUCACCUCCUGAGAGUGAUGAGACAAGCGGCGGCAGCGAGCAGCAAGCCCCGCCGGAAGACGAGAACAAGGAGAAAGAGCGGCAGCUGGCCAAGGAGAAGGCGUACGCGGCGGAGAAGGUCGUCCAGCAGGAGAUGCUCAAGUACGCCAAGGAGAAGGGUCUGGUGUCCCCGACCAACGGCACGGGGUGGUACAGGGGCAUCGCCCGGGAGUUCGUGGACGCCCACAACGAGCUCCGCGCGCGCUACGGCGUGCCGCCCAUGAAGUGGGACAACCAGCUGGCGCGGCAGGCGCGGCGCUGGUCCAACGCCAUGCGCAAGGACUGCCAGAUCCUCCACAGCGGCCACGAGUACGGCGAGAGCGUGUUCAGGAGCUACGACGACUGGAACGCCACCGCCAGGGAGGCCGUCUUCUGGUGGGGCAAGGAGGAGGCCAUCUACGACAAGGACAAGGAGAAGUGCAAGUACGGCAAGGUCUUCAAGGAGUGCGGCCACUUCGCGCUCAUGGUCGGCAAGAGGAGCACCAAGGUCGGCUGCGCACGAGCCGAGUGCUUCAAGGGCGGCGUCUUCAUCACCUGCAACUACUAUGCAACGGACCUGGACAAGAACAAGAACAAAACACCAAACGAUAACUGACUCUAUCCACCCAUCUGUUCGUUCCUAUGUACGUACGUACGUAGUAGCGCUGACUUAUUUACUGAGUGAUGAUUGGAUUGUUAAUUAACUACUACUGAAGCAAUUGCCUGAUUCCGAGGUUGGAGAUGAUGACGAUGAAGACGACGACUACUACGUACGAGAGGAUCCUCCUCCCUCUUCUUCUUUUUUGUUUUUUAAUUUUGUUCUUCCAAUUUUGAGCCCAAUCAGUCAAGCAGAUUGUAUCUAUAUCUAUAUAUAUACACACGAUCGAGUACAGCAGACAGCC